ACGUCACGGCUCUAGUGCCGCGGUGGCUGAUGGGAAAUAUUGCCAUAGGUGAGGCCAGAGAAUGUCUUAAUACCUUAAACAGGCUCUAGUAAGGCCAUUUGUUGUGACGCGCCGGAGGAUUAACGUGAUCCCGGUUCUUUCACGCGCCGAGGAAGUUUUAGUCAUGGGAAGAACCUGUUGUGUUGUUGGAUGUAAUGUCCGUUCACACGAUCGACGGGGCCAAAAAAUAAACCAAGGACUUUCUUUUUAUUGUUUUCCGGCCUGGAAACAGAAUGAAGGGAGUCAUGUGUCCGAUGUAACCAAGCGAAGACGGAUGGCCUGGAUAUCCGCCACAAGACGCACGGACUUAGACAUCCCAAGAACAUUGACGGUGUGUUCCAGGCAUUUUCAUUCAGGUAAACCAUCAUAUGAGAUGGACGAGCCUCAUCCAGACUGGGCUCCAACCCUGCACCUGGGUCACCCUGAAGUCACAGCCACAGUAUCAGAUCGGCAUGGCCGCAGACAACAUCAUCAUUUGAGAGAAUCGGAAGGAAGAGGCCAAAAUGAACAAAACGACAUGAACAAAGAUGAGAGAGAUGGAGUCCAAGAAGAUGCACAAGCAAAGGAAUGUGGGGAUCAAGCAGAGGCAGGGGCUGCGGAAGAGGAGGGAUGUAGAGAACAGACAGAGACGGACAAACCGGCUGCCAAGAGACUAAGAGCAGAAUGCCAGUUCUGUGAGCAGAGCAGUGCAGAAGUAACCCGUCUUUUGCAGGAAAAUAGGGAGCUUAGGUCUGAGUUAAACAAGUUGAAGAGGGAUGAAGACAUUUCCAAAGAUAAUACAGAAAGAAGAAGCUGUCACAAUUUCAAAUGGUUUUACUGACACUCAUUCGUCUAAGGCUUGAUUUUCCAAUCCAGCGUCUUUCAAACCGUUUUUAUGUGUCACGUAGAACUCUUUAUGCUAUGCUACCUUUGCAGACACCAUGUGCUGUAUGCAUGCCUUACUCCCUUGUUGUACUGGCCUGAGACACUGUUUACAAUGCCACAAUGAAUGUUUUGGAAUGCGUGUCGCGAUUAUUGUUGACUGUUUUGAUAUACGUACAGAGGUCGUCAAAUUGAAUGGCGCGCGCACAAUCCUUUUCCCACUGGUACACAUAAUGAAAUACUUGAUAGGAAUUACACCCCAAGGCCAGAUUUCAUUUAUUUCAAAGGGAUGGGGGGGACCAGCAUCUGACAAGCACAUAACCGAGAAUUGUGGGCUUCUUAACUAACUGUUGUUAAUUGGCGAUUUAGUGUUAGCGGACCGAGGCUUUAAUAUUAAAGACAUUGUGGGAAUGAUGUGCGUGGAAGUAAAAAUUCUUGCAUUCACUAAAAGCAGACGUCAAAUCGAUGCUAAGGAUGUGGAAGGCACACAUGCUCUAGCACACCUUAGGAUACAUCAGAGCCAUAGAAAAAGAUGAGGGGUGGGGGUCUGGUUUGUGUGUGUCUGUCCAGUCUGUGUUCCAGGUCACAGACCCCAACACUCCGGUACACAUCUUCCAGUUCACCUCCCAACCAGACACACCUGUUACCCAUCCAUCAUUACCUGCACAGUUCAUCUACCCUGGCUUCCCACAGACUCGUCGCCAGUUCAACAUUGCUAUUCUGACAUUAGUUGGUCGUUUCGUUGCCCUGUCCUGUCCUGCCAUUUCCAGGCCUGACCAAGGUACAUUCAAGGUUACUAAUCCACCUCUGUCCCUGAGUACCACAGACCUCAUCGGCUACCUAAUCCCAUCACCUACGACCUACAGCUCCCUCCUCACUGCCUCCUGUCUGGCAUCCACAGACCUCACCAUCACCCUCUGUGUCUGCUAUAAACCUGGUUCAUAUCACAUCAGCGUCUGAGUCUUGCAUUUGGGUUCACCUGUCACUCCCCGGGCAGCCGGGAUCAUAACAUUUACAUGUUGACUUCCAAAACUGAGUGAAGCAAGAAAACUUACACAAACAAUAGCAAUAUCUCAGAGAAAUAAUCUUAUCUAAUCAAUGCUCAGAAUUUGUGUGCAAAUUUUCAUGUGUACAGUACUUGGUGACUGUAUGUGUGUGUGUGUGUGUGUGUGUGUGUGUGUGAACACCCACAGUACCCCAAGCUCAAAACAGGUUCAACUACAGAAACCAGGAAGGAUGAGAUCAUUGAAAAAGUGAGGUAGAAGGAUGAAAUAAAAGGUGAGAAAAUACUAAUACUAUUAAUGUAACCAUAAAGUCUUCAGUUCUACUGUACAUAAACACUCCUUACUACUAGUCAGCUAGGUAAACAUUUGUUGAACAGAUACUCUGUUGAGCUGAGAAAACAAACUCACUUUUCUGUUCUUAUCACUCGGGUCUCUCACCCAUACAUUCAGGUAUUUACUGGUAAUCUAUCUAGUCAGUAAAAGGUACAAAAUCCUUCUAAUAACAGUUCUAGGUAGGAGGAGCAUUGCUACCUCAACUCACUGAAGUGAAACUGAAGUGGACAGACUUACAGUACCGCAGCACUGAACAGACGUACAUAACAAGAAUCUGUUUCUAAAAGUAUCCACCAGUUAGACAGAACAUCAAGACUAAAACACACAGUGUAGAAAUGGCUUCCUGCAGCAGUAUCCUUCAUGAAGAACAGUUACUUUGUUCUAUCUGUCUGGAUGUGUUCAUUGAUCCUGUCUCUAUUCCAUGUGGACACAACUUCUGCAAGGCCUGUAUCACCAAGUACUGGGACAACAGUGACCUGUGUCAAUGUCCCAUGUGUAAAAUGACUUUUGAUAAGAGACCAGAUCUUUAUGUCAACACUUUCAUCUCUGAGAUGGCUGCUCAGUUCAGGAAGUCAGAGCCACUGAAAGCUGCCAUCAGUCCAGACCUGCGUCCUGCUAAACCUGAAGUGUCAUGUGACUACUGUACAGGUACCAAGAUCAAGGCCCUGAAGUCCUGUCUGGUGUGUCUGGCCUCUUACUGUGAGACUCACCUGGAGCCUCAUCAGAGAGGUGCAGCCUUGAAGAAACACAAGCUGAUCGACCCUGUGGAGAACCUGGAGGACAGGAUGUGUCAGAAGCAUGAGAGACCCCUGGAGCUGUUCUGUAGGACUGACCAGACGUGUGUGUGUCGGUUCUGCACUGAGAAAGACCACGAGACCCAUGACACUGUUCCUCUAGAGGAGGAGUGUGAAGAGAGGAAGACUCAGAUGAAGAAGACAGAGGGAGACAUGCAGCAGAUGAUCCAGGAGAGACUGGAGAAGGUUCAGGAGAUCAAACUCUCAGUAGAGACCAGCAAGAGAGAUGCAGAGAGAGAGAUAUCAGACAGUGUUCAGGUCUUCACUGUUCUGGUGCGCUCCAUUGAGAGAAGCCAGGCUGAGCUCAUUGAGGUGAUCGAGGAGAAGCAGAAAGCAGCAGAGAAACAGGCUGAAGGGUUGAUUAAAGAUCUGGAGCAGGAGAUCACUGAGCUGAAGAGGAGAAGCACUGAGCUGGAGCAGCUCUCACACACUGAGGACCACCUCCACCUGCUCCAGAGCUUCCCAUCCAUGAGCACCCCUCCACACACCAAGGACUGGUCUGAGAUCAGUGUCCACAGUGGUCUGAGUGUGGGGGCAGUGAGGAGAGCUGUGUCUCAGCUGGAGGAGACACUCAAUAAAGAGAUGGAGAAGCUGUUAGACACUGAACUGAAGAGGAUUCAGCAGUAUGCAGUGGAUGUGACUCUGGACCCUGAUACAGCACAUCCCUAUCUCAUCCUGUCUGAGGAUGGGAAACAAGUGAGAGAUGGAGACAUGAAGCAGAAUCUCCCUGACAACCCAGAGAGGUUUGAUCGUUGUCCCUGUGUCCUGGGAAAGCAGGGCUUCUCCUCAGGGAGGUUCUACUAUGAGGUGCAGGUUGAGGGGAAGACUGAGUGGGAUCUGGGAGUGGCCAGAGAGUCCAUCAACAGGAAGGGGAAGAUCCCAGUGAGUCCUGAGGAUGGAUACUGGACUGUAGGUCUGAUGAAUGAAGAUCAGUAUGAGGCUAAUGCUGGCCCCCCUGUCCUCCUCUCCCUGAGACAAAAGCCCCAGAAGGUGGGGGUGUUUGUGGACUAUGAGGAGGGUCUGGUCUCCUUUUAUGAUGUGAAGGCCAGGUCUCAUAUCUACUCUUUCACUGGCUGCACCUUCACUGAGAAACUCUAUCCACUCUUCAGUCCCGGUGUGAAUGAUGAAGGUAAAAACUCUGCCCCUCUGAUUAUCAUUCCGGUCACACAGUGAAAAAAAGACGUGGAAAUGCUGGACAUAAAAAGAAAAUGUGAUAACAAAAUAUUAAUCUGAACAAAACAGUUGUGGGUUUGCUGGAGAUAAAGUAAUUUAGAUUUUCAAACAUUCAUUAAAGAUCUCUGGCAGUGCUCCCCUGGUGACUCACUGGGUAGUGUGUCCCACAGACUGACUGACUCAUGGACUGGGGUUUUGAGUCCAGCCUGGGCCAUUUCCUGCUUUUCUCUCUUUCUUACAACCUUUCCUGUCACUUUUUCCACUGUCUGUAUCAAAUAAAGGCAAAAAUCUGGUCAAUAAUAAUCUUAAACCAAGAAAUAUUGUCCAGAAUCCAUUAUUACCAGGUUUUAUGAAAUAUGAAAAUGAUAUGUAACCUAAAGGUAUCAGUGAAUUAAUGAAGUAAAAUGACAUAAAUGAA